UAGUGUACUAGUAUACUAUAUAUAAAAAUAUUUACUUUUUAUAAAUCUAACUACUUUUAACUACUUGAAGACGGAUUUGUUUCAAACAAAAUAUUUUGUAGAAAUUGUGCUAUGGAAAUAUUUUAUUAAAGUUAAGCGAAAACACAAUAUAAACAUGGAACGUGGAAUAGAUGUGCUGCGAUUUAUUGCUGAAGUAAAAAAUCGUCCAUCAAUUUGGGAUGGAAGAGUUUCCGACCAUUCUGACAGGUUAAAUAUACCAAUGCAAUGGCAAGAAAUAGCUGAUAUAUUUGGAGUCGAUAUUAAGUGUUGUAAACGGAAAUGGAAGAAUUUAAGAGACACUUAUCGCGCAGAGGUACGUAGAGCUGAGCGUCGUGCAGAGCGUUUGAAGAAUAUAGAAAUUUUAAAUGAUACAACGAAAGCUUUGAGCAAAUGGGCAUAUUUUCAACCAAUGAGUUUUUUGAGUGAAACCAAGCGUACACAGCAUGGCACCAAAGACGAUAUUUGCAUUAAAGAAGAUCCUGUUGUGACUACUCCCUUUGAUGUUAAACUGGAAUCAUAUCAUUCCACAGAUGAUGAUAAUGAUGAAGAUGAUGAUUUUCUGUUCGAAAAGUUUAAUUCCGUUGCUACACCUCAAGCUGCCAGGCGUCUUUCUAAUUGUAUAUCAGUUUCGAAUGCAAUUGCUACCGACCCUAAUGAAUCGAAUAUAGAAAAUGAAAAUUGUAACUGUUCUAAACGUAGUGAUGACCAGAUACAUUUUUUAGAGAAGUUAGAACGUGAAGAACAGAAACUAAUGCAAUCUACGCGUCAAGAAAUACGAAGUACCAACAAUAUUUGCCAUAUUGGUGAUGCCGAUUAUAAUUUUCUUAUCAGCUUUUUACCCCAAAUGAAAAAAAUGAAUGAGUAUCAAAAUUUACAGUUCCGUGCAAAAAUGUGUCAAGUUUUAUUAAAUAUAAUGACAACAGAAAAUGUUAAAGAUGAUAAUAUUUUAACACAGAAAAAACGCCAUUUAAACGACACAGAACCAAACGUUCCUUGCAAGGAACACAUAGCAAUUGAAAUGGGGGUUAAAGACACAAACCAGUCAAAAAAUGGAAACACAUUUACUGGUGCUUUAGGAGAAACGCAAUCUUUUCCAUCACCCGUAAUUUUACCAUUUACUGAAUGCAUAUUAAACAAUGGUCAAGCAGAUUUACAAAAAUCUUCUCUGAAAGAUCAAGAACUGACAGAAGCACUACAAAAACAAGAAUUUAUGGAUGCAGAGCAAAUUUUUGACUGUUAAAAUUAAAUUGAGAUCAAAAAAAUUCCUUUUAAAACUGAACUGACGUAUUAAGCCAAUAUUGAAUUUGAUUUUUAUGCAUUUCGCACAUUUUCUAUGCUUUAUCUUUAUAACUUUAUCAGAAUAAGAUUAUGUAUAGUCUUAAUAAAUCAUCAACAAUUUAUU